CUUGUCGUCGACGAACGGAUGACGAGCUGGCGAAGCAAGCAACGCGAUUCGGCUUUGCUCGGCUUUGCGCUUGCGAAUCCGAGCAAGCCAGUCAAGAUGGCUUUUUUGCCGAGGCUAGCAGUGCCUGCGAUCGGCGGCCUAGCACUCUUGCAGGCCUCUCUUUACGAUGUACCUGGCGGUACUCGAGCGGUCAUGUUCGAUCGCUUCUCAGGUGUCAAAGAGACGGCAUCAGGAGAAGGAACACAUUUCCUCGUGCCGUGGCUUCAGAGAGCGAUCCUCUAUGACAUUCGCACCAAGCCUCGCAAUAUCUCUACUACGACAGGUUCCAAGGAUCUUCAGAUGGUCUCCUUGACCCUUCGUGUCCUCUCUCGACCCGAUCUCGACAAUUUGCCGACGAUUUACAAGACCCUGGGCAUGGAUUACGAUGAACGUAUUCUGCCCAGCAUCGGCAACGAGAUCCUCAAGGCCACCGUUGCUCAAUUUGAUGCUGCCGAACUGAUCACACAGCGAGAGGUCGUCUCGUCGAGAAUAAGAGAGGACUUGCUCAAGCGUGCCUCUGAAUUCAAUAUCGUUCUCGAAGACGUCUCUAUCACGCACAUGACAUUCGGCGCAGAGUUCACAAAGGCUGUCGAGCAGAAGCAGGUCGCCCAACAAGAGGCUGAACGCGCCAAAUUUGUUGUCGAACGAUCAGAGCAAGAACGACAGGCUGCCGUCAUCCGCAGUGAAGGCGAAUCAGAGGCUGCCACAAUCAUCUCAAAGUCGCUCGAACGCGCAGGUGAAGGCAUGGUGCAGCUCCGACGCAUCGAGGCUUCUAGGGACAUUGCCAGCACGCUGGCCAAGUCAAGAGGCAACGUCCAAUACAUUCCGAGCGGAGGAGGCAAUGUGCUCAUUCAAGUGCCGCCCCAAUAAACGACUACCCCUCGCGAACUAUUGUACCGCCUAUGUCAUACCACUGACGCUCGAGACUUUGCGGACUGUAGGCAAAGCUGAGCAAUCCUGCUAUGCAGCGGCCGCCAAUACCAAUCAUUUCUCGAAUAUGGCCAAGUGAUUGCGUGGCAAAGAGGGGUGGCGCUAACGGGGAGUUCCGAUCGCUGAAUUACAUAAGCUUAUUUUUGCUUCUUGCCGCCAAUCGUAUAUAAACUCUCGC